AUGGUCGGCGAUACCGCUAAAAAACGGAGAAAGCAGCCUGAGCCACGUGCUGGCCGUAAAUCCUCUGCUACAACAUUCUUUUCCUGGGCAAAUCCUCAACCCGACAUCUCUAUAAACUCUGCAGAAUCCGAAAUCCUACGGGACCAAAAGAUCCUCCCGAUCAUCUCAGGAAUACAAGCCGGUUCCCCGGCUGAAAAAAAACAGCAUCUUAUAGCAGCUUGUUCUAUCAUAGAAGAUCCAAUCUGUAGAAAACUGCUAUUGAAACAGCAUAUUAUCCAAAUUAUCCUCGACAAGGUCUUGGCAGACUCCUCCCAGGAAGUCGUAACAGCAGGAUGGGCUCUUCUGAACAAAAUCGUCUUGUACGAAGGAUACGAUAUCUCCCUACACUUGUAUAGGAAAGGUAUCUUUAGCCAAAUUAUUGGAGCUAUCACGACGAUCAAAUCCGGAGUUUCUGCUUUAGCCACACAACCGAAAUCACUGUCACCGUCUGAUCAGACCUUGUUAUGGGAUUACACAAGCAGUGUCCUAUCACUCCUUACAAAGCUGAGCGAGACUACGAAAGAGAUACUGGACAGGGUCUCGAACGAAGACGUACUCUUGCUCGCUUCUGCUUUAUUGGGCUUGAAAAUCGGUGGACAUAAAAUAUCAGUCCCCGAGAAUGUCCAAAUCGCGGCCGUUAUUCUGCUCGACAGAGUCACAGAUCAAAAUCCGAUUGCUUAUGACUUGCUGGUUAAAGACCCAGGAUUUGUAGGAAAUUUGAUGAGAAUCUACACUGCAAAAGUUGAGGAUGCUCCCUUGAAGAUAGCAGCCACUUGCAGUACAUUACAUAAUGUUAUUUCUCAAAGCCUUGCCCUCGCCGAUGACUUAGCAGAAGACAAUAAAAUCGCCGAUGCACGACUCAUUGCACCUUUAACUGCUAUUAUCCAAGCCGUUCUCUCAAAACAAUCACCCUCUCAGGAAGAGCAACAGGCACUAUUUCUAUCCUUGGAAACCCUUUCCGAUGUCGCAGAUUGUACCGUAGAAACAUUUGGUCACAAUGCUCCUGGUAAUACUAAUGGUAUCCAGCGUAAGACACCCGGCGAUCGCAGCAGUCCACACUCAGAUUUGGACAUGGAGGAUGAUGAUCUGUUAGAAGAUGAAGAUGAAGAUGAAGAUGAAGAUGACGAAGAGAACGAGGAGGAUGUUCAGGAGGAUGAUGGCGGUGACGAUGAGAACGCCUCAGACGAAGAACUCCCCGACGACCUUGGAGCGGACAUGGCUAUGGUCACUGGUGAAGAAGGAACUACAGCUCGCGCUUCUAAGAAAAAGCCGUUCGAUUCACCAGAACUCGAGUUCCUCCUCGUCGCCACAGUACCCGCUGUCCUUCCUAUAGCUACCUCAACCCCAUCCUCAGAGCCCGAGCGCAACAUUAAACUCACUACAAUAUCACUCCUCUCCGCCAUAGCCCGUGCCUUCGCUCUCCUCUGCUCAAAAACUCACAAAUGCAAAUUUACACUAUCACAGUCUCUUCAGCAAUCCUAUCUCCCCUCUACCCACGAAAUUUGGAACAUCCUUAUCACCCCUAUUCUUUGUUCCAACUCGGCAGAUCUCAAACUAGCGGAAAAAAUCACAGAGCUCGCAUCCCACAUCACAGCAUUCACACCAUCAGUUUCUGUCUCAAACAAUCAACAUAAAUCCUUCCUAGCCCUUUACAACGCUACGGCUUCCAUCCCACUAAAAGUUCUCUGCGUCAAAGUACUUUCAAACUUGGCGCGAUGCCAGGGAACCGAUCGUAUCGAGGUCAACAAGGAGUUAGGUACCUUCUUCAUGACUACUGUUAACAAAUUACCAUUCUACGGCGACGCCGAACCUGCAGAUUUACCAGCCCCAGAAGUCAUUAUUGAAUGCUUGAAUGCUGUGUAUGAUGUCUACGAUGAUGUGGAUAAUGACUACGAUGAAGAAGUCUUUGUAAAACUCGGCUUUUUGAAAUAUCUCAAAAGCUUUGUUGGGAGGUUGAGAGCUAUGGCUAAGAAAGUCGAUAGACGUACGCGAUUCGAACUUCGAGAGAGUGCAGACGAGGCACUCAUCAACCUUACCGAGUUUGUCAAAUACAAAACCGCGGAGAGGGAGGAAAUAUAG